GGGGGGGGGGAGCGGGAGCGCGCUUUCCGUGUCUGGUUAGUGGACUGACAGCCAGCUGUGCGGCUACAACGACAACAACAACCUCCUGGAUUUGCUACAACCAACUAGAUUAGUGUCGGUGUCUUUCUGAUCAUAAACGUACACUACAGCUCGUUUGUGAAGUGAGGACUCGACGGCACAAAGCUACAAGCAGUUUCAUCGGCGGUUUCCGUGCUAACUAGCUAGAAGAGCAUUCCUCCAACAUGAAUCCGUUGUGUAGCAGAUGUAAUCUAGUCGUUUACCCCACGGAAAAAGUGAAUUGUCUGGACAAGUACUGGCAUAAAGGAUGCUUCAGCUGCGAGGUCUGCAAAAUGACUCUGAACAUGAAGAAUUACAAAGGCUUUGAGAAGAAACCAUACUGCAAUGCACACUACCCCAAAACAUCAUUCACCGCUGUGGCUGACACUCCAGAGAACCUCCGCCUCAAAAAGCAGAGCAAAAUGCAGAGCACGGUUUCAUACAAGGAGGAAUUUGAGAAGAAUAGAGGGAAAGGUUUCACUGUGGUCGCAGAGACGCCGGAGCUGGAGAGAUUUAAGAAAACGCAGAACCAAAUCAGCAAUAUAUCAUACCAUGAGGACUUUGAGAAGAGGAAGAUGGGAAGAGAGGUCCCACAUCAGCAGCCGAGCAUCCCCAGCCCAGCAGCUUUACAGCAGUCUGGAACAACCUCUCAGAACUUCCCCUAUGAGCCUGAACCAGUGCAACCCGUGCAACCAGUGGCCGCUGCCCCGCCUCCCAGUGCUGGGAAGCGGUACAGGGCAGUGUACGACUACUCUGCCGCCGAUGAGGACGAGGUGUCCUUCGUGGACGGAGAUGUCAUCAUAGACGUGCAGCAGAUCGACGAGGGCUGGAUGUACGGCCGCGUGCAGCGUACUGGCCAGCAGGGCAUGCUGCCUGCCAACUACGUGGAGGCCAUCUGAGCGAGAGGAAAAGAAAAAGGAGGAGAGAAAAAAGGAGGAGGUAGAGAAAGGGAGAGAAGAAAGGAAAGGAAAAGCCCAGUGCCAUUUCAUCUUAACGCCGCUUUCUCUUGAUUUUACUCUUGUUCCUUAAUCUGUCCUGUGAGACCCUGAACGCCCCCGCCCCCACCCCCACCCUCUUCUGCAUCCCUGCUCUGCUCUCACUGUUCAACCACAGACACCCUCUACCUGUCUGUCUGUCUGUCUGUCUGUCUUUCUCUGUCUCUCUGUCUGUCUGCCUGCCUCUUUGUCUGUCUGUCCGUGCUGAUGUCUGUCUCUGUUUGGAUGGUUCGUCAUCCUCUUUAUCUUGUCCCCAACCUGGCUCCACUCUCAAAGUGCUGUCACAAGUGGAAAAAUGAAAGUCUUAGAAGAUAAACUCACAGUUCAUCGCAAUAUGUCAGGGGUCAUGUCGUGUCACAUAGCUUCAUCCUAGCUAUAGCACUUAACAGUCCUAGCACAACAUCAUGCAAAAAUAAGGAAGGGAAAAAAAAUGUAAAAAGCCCUUCUUCCCCCCACGAGUCAGUCACCACAGCUGCAGACAUUGUUCUGCGGAGAAAAUAAGUUUCAAGUGUGGGCGGGUGUGGCAUUUUCAUAGGCCUGCUUGUGUUUUUUUUUUUCUUUCUUUAAUUUUGCAGCGUGAACUUGGCCAGACUGGAAACACAGUGUAGAAUCUCAGUCUAUCAGAACUAAGCUUGAAUAUUUUUGACUUGUGUACAUUCCUUUAACCUCUAACCCUGCUGCACCAAUCAGCCAGUUAUCAGUCUUAACAGAGAGGUUUUUAAUAUAUGUAUAGAUUGAAACACAUCUCGCCAUGGUGCGCUCGAGUAGGCGCCCUCGUGUUCAGCACUGCAUCGUGGGUAUUGUGAAACUGGAAUUGUAGCCUAACUGAAGAGCACCUCCUGUCGUUGCCUUCCUCAGGCGUGUCGGAUACAGGAGGGAUCAGGGAUAAGUUAGGGGACAUUAUCAGUCCAUCUCUUGCAGCCACGCUGAACGCGUCACCUCAGUGGGUGUGGGUGUGCAGUGCGUACACCCUCGAUCCUGUUUCUUGCAGCCUGAAUGCCUUCAGUCCUGAGAGAAUCACAGAGUUAUGGUGAUCAAGGUUCAACUGUUUUGGAGAAAGGAGAUGGGAACAGAUCAAGUCCUUGCCCCCCCUUUUUGCUACAAAAUCACCAACAAAGAAUACACAUUUCAUAAAAGAGAAGGCCAAGCACAACUCUAUAUUGUGAAUCUUUUUUCUUUUUUUUGUUUUAAAUUUUAAAUUCAUUCCACUGUUAUUGUGAGUGACCAUUCCAGUCUUUAUUUUCCAUUUAAUGUUAGAGGAACUGUUCAAUCCUUGGCUGUGAUAAAUGUCGUUCUCAUGCUGUCCUUUCUUUGCCUUUCUUGUUAUUGUAAGAUGCUUAUUUUGGAGAAAAAAGAAAAAAAGUCAGUGUAUUAAAUAAAAAAAAUAAACCAGCAACUCGAUUUAUGAACCAAGGCAGAAGUGUUUAUUUGGACAUGUGCAGUCGCAGUAUUAGAUCAGUUGUGGGAUUAACCAGCCUGCAGUUGCAGGUCAGAACAGUGCUGGCAGCUUGAAUGCUGGCACGUUCAAGCCUGUUUUCUGAUCAGUGGCUCUCGCUCGUGCUGUUUAAUAUUCUGGAGUUUCUAAGAAAGAGUAAAGAUACAGAACGGCAUUUAAAGUACGCAUGAAAUGAGUCAUUAUUUCAUGCUCUGGUCCUGGGAACAUUUAUAAAGCCUGGCCUGUCACCUGCAUGACAGGGCCGAGCACUGAUGCAACACAGGAAGGUUUUUGUUUUUUGUCCAUCUGGCAGGUGAAUCCCAAAAUUGUAUUUGACCAACCAACAUUUUCCAGCAUAUGGUCGGUGGUGGUCACUAUGAUGUAAAGAAAGUUGGUUCAUAAACAACAAAAUCAAGCAUUUAAGUUGCUGGCUGCAACACAGAAAUGCUGUAUCAUUCACUUUAGAUACUGCGUUUCUGUGAGGACCUUAUAUGAUUUUUUAAAAAAUGAUAUUCGACCAAUUCUCAGUGGUGUAAAUAAUCUCAUCGGCCCCUGACCAUACACACCUCUCCCCCCUUUUCUCGCUGUUUCAUUCUCCCGUGAUGCACUGUGACUUGUCACAGACGAGCGAUCAGGGCGGUGCGUUUUGAAGGUGGGGUCGGGGCCGAAAAAUGUUCAGCUUUAUUAAAAGAAACAAGGCUCUCACUAUGUAGCUAGAUGACAUUGUACAAUUGUAUAUGUAUCAUAAAGGUGAGUUAGGGAAAAUGUUUUUACAGGUCAUGGUGCUCUGGGAAGUGGCUUGCCUGCAGAUUAAAGUGAUUCAUAUUUUUUUCUUGUGAAUGUGGCUGAGGGGAAGUAAUGUGACUCAUGGGGAAAUCCAGUUUGGUGCAAGUUGGUGUUGAACAUUAAUACAAUUUUGCAACUUUUUAAUGUGAUGAAUUGUGACAGUGCUGAUGAAAAUGAUCACUUAAUCGGGAAAAAAAAGACACCUCAAACUGGUUGAUAGGUUGCCAAACUAAAUGAACACACUGUAUGUAUGCCUAUAUUUUGCAUUAACCUCUACUUGACAACGGGACAAGUUUAUUUGCAAAACAGAUGCUAGAUGGGAAAGCUGUUUUAGAGCUCAUGGUUGUGUUUCUCUUGGGUAAACUGGAGAGUUGGUGGGUUUGGCUUUGAGUGAAAUGAUGAUGUUGUUCCUGGCUUAUGAUGAUGUUUGCUCUAAUUUAAUAACAAAGCUACUCACACUGGUAGCCUCUGUUACUCUGCGGAUUAGGUCCAAUCCAAACUUCCUGUAGCCUUAAGGGCGUUGAUUGUGACAGUUGGUGUCCUGGAUGAAAUGAAGAAAGUGGCCAAGGACGGGCCAGUGUUGUGUAAGUGUGGCUCAGGAUGGAUUCGUUAAGGCAAAUUUGAGUGUGUGGUGAUGUAAGUGUGCGAGGCUGGAGGGGGAGGGGGUUGACAGCUCUCUAUCUCCCAGGCUGUGAGGCAGGGCAAGUUGUUUGUCUGACCUGGAUAUUAGUCAGGAGUUAACCUCUUUGCGCCAAAUACCGCUCUUCUGCUCUGGCAUCACUCAUCGACUGAACUGUAACUUCAUAUCAUAACCCCCGUUUCCAUUCAGUUUCUGUCUUAGUAUCCUGUCCGCCUGUCUGCUGACAUCCCUCUUUCCUUCAGCCUUCAUUGUAGGCUCCUGCGCUUCUGAUGAAUCAUUCCCCGCUUCUAUGAUACUGGUUAUAUACUGUAGACUUCGCAGAGUGAAAUCGUGUAAUCCACAAUCAGGUUUAGCAUUCAGACUGGUUUUGUGCAUUCCAUCUUAAAUUGUUUUUGUUUUUUGUAUAAUUUUGUUAUUUUUUUGAAUAAAAAAAAUAAAUAUACCAUAUGCACAUUGACAUACACCUGUAUUCAAAUCUCAUUCUGAAUACGUACUCAGAAUAAAGGACCUGAUAUCAUCUCCUGUUGCCCUGUUACAGCACUUCAAAUUGUACUUAUGAUUCUGCAGAUUCAAUAAAAUGUCAUUUUUUCCUCA